AUGGCUAGAGAAGUAAUGAAGACCCAUGACCUCAAAUUCUCCAACAGACCCAAAACUACAGCCACUAAUCUCUUGUUCUACGGAUGCCAAGACAUGGGUUUUGCCCCAUAUGGUGCGUACUGGAGACGAGCCAGAAAAAUGUGCGUUCUUGAGCUUUUUAGCUUCAAAAGAGUGGAGUCCUUUCAGUAUAUCAGAGAUGAAGAAGUCGGUGUUCUUAUCAGUAGGAUUCAUAAAGCUUGUGCUGGCGGUGAGGUUGUGAAUCUUAGCAAGUUAUUCCUUCAAAUCUCAAACAAUGUAGUGUCCAGAUGCGUUAUGGGAAAGAAGUUUGAGGAUGAAAAUGGGAACAAUAGAUUUCGAGACGUAUCAAGAAGGGUAAUCGAGCUACUCUCAGCGUUUUGUGUGGCAGAUUUCUUCCCUGCUUUCGGAUGGGUUGAUGUAGUUAGAGGGUUCAUUGGGGAACUGAAAACAAUUUCUAAAACAAUGGAUGAAUUCUUGGAUAGGGUAAUUGAAGAGCACAAGACAGAGUUAAGAACCGGUAAACCUGAUGAUAAAAGGGAUUUCUUGGAUAUUAUGCUGCAGCUCAACCAAGAUAUCAUGCUCGACUAUCAUUUCACUCCGGACAACCUCAAAGCCAUAUUACAGGACAUGUUCGCCGGUGGGAGUGACACAUCUGCAACAGCAUUGGAAUGGGCAAUGGCAGAGCUGAUUAGAAACCCAAACACCUUGAAGAAAGUUCAAGAAGAGAUCAGAACAAUAGUUGGAAAGAAGCCAAAAAUUGAAAUGUUGAAAUAUCAUCACUAG